AUGCAGUUGAUACUUUUCUGCUGGUAUCAACAGGCCAUCAAGGUGGUGAUGCUGGCGCAAGAGGAAGCGAGGCGAUUGGGACACAACUUCGUCGGAACAGAGCAGAUCCUUUUGGGUUUGAUUGGCGAGUCUACAGGAAUUGCGGCCAAGGUGCUGAAGAGCAUGGGCGUGAACCUAAAAGACGCUCGCGUGGAGGUGGAGAAGAUUAUUGGGAGAGGAAGCGGCUUUGUUGCUGUGGAGAUCCCCUUCACACCUCGCGCCAAGCGCGUUUUGGAGCUGUCCUUGGAAGAGGCACGGCAAUUAGGGCACAACUACAUCGGAACGGAGCACAUCUUGCUGGGCCUGUUGAGGGAGGGAGAGGGCGUGGCUGCCAGAGUGCUGGAGACCCUGGGCGCUGACGCCUCCAAGAUCCGCACCCAGGUCAUCAGGAUGGUGGGCGAGAGCCAGGACACGGUGACGGUGGGCGGCGGCUCGGGCUCGUCCUCCAACAAGAUGCCCACUCUUGAGGAGUACGGCACCAACCUUACCACGCAGGCCACCGAGGGCAAGCUGGACCCGGUGGUGGGGCGGAAGAAGGAGAUUGAGCGCGUGACUCAGAUCCUCGGCCGCCGCACCAAGAACAACCCCUGCCUCAUCGGCGAGCCAGGCGUGGGCAAGACCGCCGUAGCAGAGGGCCUCGCGCAGAAGAUCGCCAAUGGCGACGUCCCUGAAACCAUCGAGGGCAAGCAGGUGAUCACGCUGGACAUGGGCCUCUUGGUGGCUGGCACCAAGUACAGGGGAGAGUUCGAGGAGCGCCUGAAGAAGCUCAUGGAGGAGAUCAAGCAGAACGAUGACAUCAUUCUGAUGAUCGACGAGGUCCACACCCUCAUCGGUGCUGGAGCGGCGGAGGGAGCUAUUGACGCUGCCAACAUCCUGAAGCCGGCGUUGGCGCGUGGUGAGCUGCAGUGCAUCGGCGCGACCACCCUUGACGAGUACCGCAAGCACAUCGAGAAGGACCCCGCCCUCGAGCGCCGUUUCCAGCCCCAAGCGAGACUGAUCAUGUGCUUUCUGUGCGCGCACGUGCCAGAGCCGACCGUGGAUGAGACGUACCAAAUCCUGCUGGGCCUGCGGGAGCGCUACGAGGCGCACCACAAGCUGCGCUACACCGACGAGGCCCUCGACGCCGCAGCCAAGUUCUCCUCCCAGUACAUCUCCGACCGCUUCCUGCCCGACAAGGCAAUCGACCUGAUCGACGAGGCGGGCUCGCGGGUGCGGCUGCGCCACGCGCAGCUGCCAGAGGAGGCGCGCGAUCUGGACAAAGAGCUGCGCGCUCUGCUCAAGGAGAAGGACGCCGCCGUCCGCGGCCAGGACUUUGAGAAGGCGGGGACCCUGAGGGAUCGGGAGAUGGAGCUCAAGGCGCAGAUCAGUGCUAUCACUGGAGCGGCCAAGGAGGGCGAGGCCGCCGAGGCCGAGUCCUCAGCCGAGGGCGGCGGCCCGUUGGUGACCGAGGCUGACAUUGCCAACAUUGUCGCGCAGUGGACCGGCAUCCCCGUCGAAAAGGUGUCCAGCGAUGAGAGUGAGCGGCUGAUCAAGAUGGAGGAGACCCUUCAUCAGCGCGUGAUUGGGCAGGAGGAGGCCGUUGUGGCCAUCAGCCGCGCCAUUCGCCGCGCGCGCGUCGGCCUCAAGAACCCCAACCGCCCCAUCGCAUCCUUCAUCUUCUCUGGCCCCACCGGUGUGGGCAAGUCUGAGCUGGCCAAGACGCUGGCGAGCUACUACUUUGGCAGCGAGGAGGCCAUGGUGCGGCUGGACAUGUCCGAGUUCAUGGAGCGCCACACCGUCUCCAAGCUCAUCGGCUCACCCCCAGGCUACGUGGGGUACAACGAGGGUGGGCAGCUGACAGAGGCUGUGAGGAGGCGGCCCUACACGGUCGUGCUCUUCGAUGAGAUUGAGAAGGCUCACCCGGACGUCUUCAACAUGAUGCUCCAGAUCCUGGAGGAUGGCCGUCUGACCGACUCCAAGGGCCGCACUGUGGACUUCAAGAACACGCUGAUCAUCAUGACAUCGAACGUGGGCAGCAGCGUGAUUGAGAAGGGUGGCGGCGGCUUGGGCUUCCAGCUGGACACGAGCGAGGAGGACUCCUCCUACAACCGCAUCAAGACCCUCGUCAACGAGGAGCUCAAGCAGUACUUCCGCCCAGAGUUCCUCAACAGGCUGGACGAGAUCAUUGUGUUCAGGCAGCUCAGCAAGAGCGAGGUGAAGGAGAUCGCUGACAUCAUGCUGACAGAGGUUUUCAAGCGCGCCGAGAUCAAGGGCAUCAAGAUCGAUGUCACCGAGCGCUUCAAGGACCGGUUGGUGGAGGAGGGGUACAACCCGGCGUACGGUGCGCGGCCGCUGCGGCGGGCGAUCAUGCGGUUGCUGGAGGACUCCAUGGCCGAGCGCAUGCUGAGCGGUGACAUCAAGGAGGGUGACUCCGUCAUCAUCGAUGUCGACGCCGACGGCCAGGUGAGCGUGCUCAACGGCGACAAGAAGAUGACAUCGACCAUCGACGCCACUCCGGCCGGCAUUUCAUAGGCCGCCUCGCCGGCUCGCAAUUGUGCCCUGCCCCACCCUUGGAGGCACAUUCCCCUGGGUGGAUUCACAGGGCGCGAUCGCGGGCACACUGUGGCCACAGGCCGUUGCGCAAGCAGCAGCGGCGAGCUUGCUGCAUGCGUGGGUUGGAGCGAGGCAGAGCAGGGAUUGCCGGUUAUGGGACCUGUCAAGCAGGCUCGGUAUUGAGUGCUGUUUAGGCCGGGGUGUGGCCCUCUUGGUGACUGGGUGACUGGUGUGGGCACCCCUUUGAACGUGUAUUCAUAGAGCCCAAGUCCACGCGUUGUAUUCUUAUUGUUUUGGAGGGUGUGUCUGGGUCAGACUCCUGUCUCCGCAACACAGAUGGGUACUGUGGGCGCCGAUGGUGCUCAGAAAGCAGCAACGGAUCCUCUCUAACUAGUAGUCGACAUUACUAGAUGGUUCUUUGGAUGUGUUGAAACGUUAAGUGGAGUAACCGGACCGCCGUAUUUGUUCCCCUCUAAUGAAUUUGAGGGGCGGUUGCGUUUGGGCAGUCUUUGUGAGCGCGCACUGCAGAGUAAGUAAGAGUAAGAGUAAUUAAAUUCC